CAAAAACCAAGAACGAUGAUAAACGGGCAAUGGUUUUCCGUUUUCAGCUUCGACUGCUUCGUCGUAACUUUUGCUUGUUUUUCGUGAUUUAUGAGCGUUUUUUAAGUGAGGACACUGGUGGGCUGUAAAAAUUGUAGGCCAGAUUUUGAUGCGGUUUCGCAAAACAGCGUCUCAAGUCUUAGCAAAAUUUGACCAGCUACUACGCUUACAGCACUUGGAAUGGCUGUCCAGCCUUCGCCACCGCAAGGCUGCUACUAUGUGGCCACAGCUUACCAGAGCAACGUUGUGAAGUACGCCGCCAGUGGUCAUUUCACAACGAAGGACCAUUUAGAGUUGCUGACGGUUCGGACAAAUUAUCUGGAAUUAUCGCGAGUAGAUGGCGAUGAUCUGCAGGAUGUCAGACAGCUCAAUUUCUCCGCCGCUGUCAGUGGGCUGUGGGCAUUUCGCCCUGAAGCCGACAGCCAUCAUGCUGUCUUGAUUCUCACUCGGCGGCAUCAUCUGAUUAUGUUGCAGUUUGAAAACUCUUCUUCGGGAAUCAAAAUCGUUGAACGGGGCGCGGGCAAAUUUCCCAGCAAUGCUGAUCUGAUUCUACUGGAAAGCGGUCCUCUCGCUGCCUUUCAUUAUCAUCCUCGCACCACAAUCUGUCUUGCAUUGUUCAGGCAGCGACUGGAAAUUAUCCAGUUCACAUCGGCUCUUAAAUUUGAGACAUUUCCCAUCCGUGUGGAUACGCACGAUAUCGGUGGCAUCGUCGGACUGGGAUUUCUACAGCCUAAUGAAAAUAAUUAUUCUCUGGCCAUCCUACAGACCACCAUCAGAAUGCACGAGGGUCUACCCUUGCAGGGGCCGCUGUUAACGUUUUCCUCCCUUAAUAUGAAAACCAGGGAAAAGGAGAAGGUUGAAUCGUCAUUUACAAAGUUAGACUUCGAAGCGGAUUUGAUGCUGGUUGUGGAUCUCCCGACGGAAGCACCAGGUGUGCUGGUUGUUGGCAACGGUGCAGUGCAGUAUUUCAACACAAAGGAGUACGCGAGCGCCGUUUCCCCGUUUUUAACACGUGCAGGAGUUAUAUCUUCGUGCGAGCUGUACAGGGAUACUGUUCGGAUGGUCGUGACGUACUUGUUGGGAUACAGUGACGGGCGACUUGUGUUGGUAAUUUAUCGCCAUUGUCCACACAACAUGGAGGAGCGUAUUCGCUUAAAACUUCCCCCUUGUAAAUUGAAUGUGGAACUCUUGGGUGUUGCCGCAGUUGCACAAACGCUGUCUGUUAUUGGCGAUGGUCUAGUGUUUCUGGGCUCAUGUGCAGGCCCUGGAUCUCUUAUCCUCCGUAUUCGCGAAAACAUUAACACGGAAACGAAAAACUAUUUCGAUGUGAUUUCUACAUUUCCUGCAUUGGGAUCGGUUUUGGAGUUGGAGGUUAUGAAGCACUCACAGAAACAAGGUUUGGACGAGUGCUCGUUGUUAGCUUGCACGGCCGAUACCUUUGGCAACAGUCUGACUAUAAUACGCAGUGGCAUAAAACUGGAAGACCCCAUGGAAAUUCCAUUGUGCGGCAUGGUUAACGUAUGGUGCGUUAAAUUUCCCGCAUUGAAUUCAGAGGAUGUUUUCGUGUUCUCAACACUGACUGAUACGCGUUGUGCCAUACUGCAGUCUGAGGAUUUGUGCGAACUGGACGUUCCUGUCGAUGGCGCUUUUACAACAAACAGUCGGACUCUCCUGUGUGAUGCGUUGAUCGACUACAACGAGCCUUCAAUCCUGCAGGUUACACCGAUUAGCGUUGUGCUAAUAAAACGAGAAAUUAAUACUGUGAUUAGUGAACUGAAAUUCCAUGAAGAAGUGAUAUCGAAGGCAAAGUUAUGCGACCAAGUGCUUGUGAUCUGCCGCGGUCGGAAAAUAGAAGUUAUAAGUUUCGCUGAUAAAGCCCAUCCACAGUGCACAAAAAUCUAUGAAUGUGGAAAUGAAAUAUGUGGCCUUGAAGUUUUUCCCGGCCCAACGGGAUCGUUAUUCUGUGCUGUCGGCGAAUGGCAGAGCUUUAAUGUGUCUGUGUUGAAAGUUGCCGAUGGGGAAGUGAUCGAAUCGAAUUUGGUUCCGGAUGCGCGCUCACUACCUCGGAGCCUGACUUUCUGCAAUUUUGGUCCGGCGUCUUUUCUGUUCUGCGGAUUUGGUGAUGGGAGUGUUACGUAUUUCCGAUUUGAUACAGCGACGUUGCGAAUGUUCGACCCCAAGCGUGUUGCAAUGGGCACUCGGCCGUUCGCUUUUGUCAGAUUUCCUGUCCACGACAGUCAGAAUGUUUUCGUAUGCUCCGAUCGACCAUGUGUUAUCUCGUUUCGUAAUGGACGACUGAGUUUUGCCAACGUGAACAUUCCUAAUGUUGUUGAUAUUUGUUCAUUGGAAGGACUGGACAAUGCCGCAUUAGAUCCAGAGAGUCUUAUGAUUGUUACCAAUGAAUCACUGCUUGUUGGCCAGCUGGAGGAUAUCCAAAAGCUUCACUUGAUUCCGUUGCCUUUGGGCUUUCAGGCUUUUCAGUUUGCUUAUCAGGCUGAUUCGCACAUGUUUGGUGUCAUUGGUGACCGGAAGGAUUGUCGUGUAAAUCGGUUUUCCAGUGCUAAACCCACAUACGAGGAGGAGGAAGAGCGUGUGCUGUAUAUUCUCGAUCGAAAUUCUUUUGAAGUGGUCACUUCCUAUCGAAACGACGACCGAGAGGAAUAUAUCUGUUGCAUUUGCAGCUGGAAUCCGGAAGAAACAUCUUAUUUUAUCAUGGGGACGGAGAAAAAAGUGGAAGCCGCGAAUGAUGUGGGUUUUGUGUUGCGUGGUUCGGUUUUUGUGCUGCAGCUCAUUAACAGUCGUUUGCAAGUGAUAUUAAGUUACAGCUGCAACCAACCAGUUCAUUUUGUAUCGCCAUACGGAAAAUACCUUUUAGCUGCUGGCGAAACGGAGUUAUAUUUGUAUGAAUGGUUGGGGCAUCAAAUUGACCUUUGCCAUAGAUUCGAAACGGGAGGCGCGAUGAUUUCCAGUCUGGAUGUACUCGGGAAUACUAUCCUAAUAGGCGACAUGCACAAAUCGGUGAUCUUGCUUCAGUAUAAUAAGGAUCAAGGCUUAAGUGUUACUGGACGAGAACAGUCCAGCUACUUUUUGCAGAAUGCCGCUUUAAUUGACGAGACUACUGCGAUAGUAUCGGAUGACUGGGGAAAUUUGGCUGCCAUGAAAUUCACUGGAAAAAAGCUCAAAAGUGCGCUCCUGGAAGAGGAUAAUUGUCAGAUUAUGGACAUGAUCGCUGGUAUCAACAUGUGUGAUCUGGUGACUACAAUUCAAAGAGGCAUGCUUAUACCAGAAGAUUCUGUGGGGGAAUGUUCCAUUAAAAUUCGGAACAGUUUAGUUUUUGGAACUAGCAAGGGACAACUUGGUGUGGUUUUCGAAUUAGACAGUGAAUUGUUCUCCUUGCUGGCAUAUAUCGAGAGUCAGAUGAUGAAGCAGAAGCGUGACCGAGCGCUAAAUGCCGCUGAUGCUGCUGAAGCUAUGAAAUUCUACAAUGGACUGAUGGAAGCGGAUCAUUUUGGGUUUGUCAAUGGAGAUCUUGUAGAGACAUUCUUGCAUUUGCGACCGGAUGAGAUGUCUAAGAUAUUGAAAGGAUUCAAAGGACCUGUUAAGGAUGGAAAGGUCCAGCGCUAUAGCGUUGCGGAUGUGACGAAGUUUUUGGAUGAUUUGGUGCGGCUGCACUGAACACUGUAUUUCUAGAUGCUUCAGGAAAAAAUAGUGAUGCUUACUUGAUUACCAGUAUUUACAUCUUUUCUGGUUGUUAAUCUACCAGCUUUGUACAAGCUCGUGCUUUUGAAUUUUGAUAUCGUAUGAGUUAUCUCAGUUCUCAUUCACACCGAUUGUUAACUGAUGUUUUUGUUCUUGUUACUUAAUUGUUUUGUAUUGCAACUUGUAUUUUAUGUUCUUAGUUUUGAGUACAUACAGUGAUAAUUUGUUGCUUGCUCUUGGGUUGAAAUGGGAUAAAAGCA